GGCAUCGUAUAUAUAAAGGGUCGGUGACAAAGACUGUCAUACACAUCGUUCCUCAUUGAUCAUCAGUAGCUGUUCAGGACAUCUAUAUCACGAAGAUGAAGGUUUUCGUAAUUCUUGCUGUUGCUGUUGCGGGAGCUGUAGCUCAAUACGCUCAAUAUGAACCUCAAGGAAUACCCAUUCCUUAUUCCUUCAGCUACUCGGCAAACGGUGAAGACGGUGGACAGAGCUCACAUCAGGAAUCCGGCGAUGGAGCAGGACGUGUAAGCGGAUCCUAUUCCGUCAGGGAUCUGGAAGGACAUGAAAGAAUUGUCGAGUACGUUGCCGACGAGGGUGGAUUUAGACCAGUCAUUAGAACCAACGAACCAGGUACCGCCAGUAUCAACCCAGCCGACGUUGUUAUCGAAUCUUCAGCUGGCCAAGGAGGGGCUGUUGUUCCUUCCAAUUUAGGAGUCAGAUCCGUAGUAAAUCGUCCAGUUGGACCCGUUGCUCCAGCAGCCAGUGGAGGACGUGCUGGCGUUCGAUAUGUCCUAGUCCCUGUUAGUGACCCUAGAGCACGAGGAUAUCAGUAAAUGAUUUCCGUUCUGUUUUAAAACGAAAUUACUCAGGGUACUAAGCUUGCAAAAUCUAUGUCUGUAUUCUGUCCGUCUUCUUUUUGUCUCAGAAGUUGUCAGUGAAUGUAUAUUGGAAAUCAAAAGAUUCUUAAUUCACUAUCAUUUCUUUAUGAAAAAGACACACACAUGCCAGUAUCUAAUAUAAAAAAUGAGCGCUGGAAUCAAUUUUACUUGUAUAAACCAAUGCCAUUCCAAUUGGCAAUUUAUGAUUUCAUGAAAUAGGAACAUACCACAGCUUCUCUUGUAACAUCCUCCACGAAGCCAUCUUUUGCUUUAAAAACAUUCACGUCAUUUACCAUUAUAAAUUAAAAAGACCGCAACGCCAUUCCAAGGUUGAUUUUUGCCUUAAUUUACUAUUAUUAUUUAUUUCUAUGUGUACAACAUAAUGUAAUGUAUUUUAUUUGAGUUAAAUCAACGCCGAAAUGGAGAUGGAGUGCUGGUGACGUCGCCGGUGGUGUCAGGGCUUACGGUUUAGACUGGAGUCAUAGUAUGAACACGGCUCGAUGAUGCCGGGAGGGUGUUGGUUUUGUCGAUAAGUAGCACAAGGGGGCUUGCUUAACCUAUGGUAAAUAAUAGAUAACUCCUACCCUUAUACAAAUCACUUGCAGAUUGUAUGAACGUACCUUUUCACAAAGCAAAGGUACGUUCACACAGUUUCUCUGUAGAAAAUAGACAAAUUCUGAAUGCUCAACAGAUGAAAAUGAAAAAAAAAAAAAAAAAAAAAAGGAAUUCAACAUUUUGCUUGUACUAUUUGUUAUAUUUUUUAGAUAAGAGCUUCUCUUUCAAAUGCUUUUCUUUGUCAAGAUUUAUUUAUAUUUUUCAUAAAUGCACAAGAAACUACUACUUCUGUGUAUGUUUAUCAUAUAACUUAGCUUUAAGAUUUUUGUGUAUAUAUGCCAGUAAUAAAUGAUAUUUUAUGCUUACAAAUUUUGUAACAUUCUUUAUUAAGUGUUUCCUUUCAUUAAAAUUUCAUUAAAAUAAA